AGAGCAGCAGGCGCUCCGUGUCCCCGGUGCCGCCGGUUCUCCCGGCUCGGCCCGACCCGGCCUCCCCCGCCCCUUGCGGCGCUCGGCGCUCCUCAGGCCCCGGGCUCGCCCCCUUUCCUCCCGCCGCGGGUGCCAGUAGGCUGUGGCGCGGGCCGCGGAAGUGCCGGGAGCCGGUCCUGCCGUGGAGCGAUGGCCGCAGGGAAGCCCCAGCCCGGUCCGGGCUCCGGGGGGCCGCGCGAGCAGUGGCGACUGCCCGCCGAAGGACACCCCGCGCCGGGCCGACUCCUGAGGUAAAUUUUUCCAUAACCUUAUGGAGAAAAAGGACUUUGAAGCAUGGCUUGAUAACAUUUCUAUUACAUUUCUUUCUCUGACGGACUUGCAGAAAAAUGAAACUCUGGAUCACCUGAUUAGCUUGAGUGGAGCAGUCCAGCUCAGGCACCUCUCCAAUAAUUUAGAGAUUCUCCUCAAGAGGGACUUCCUCAAACUUCUUCCAUUGGAACUUAGUUUUUAUCUGUUAAAAUGGCUUGAUCCUCAGACCUUACUCACAUGUUGCCUCGUCUCUAAGCAGUGGAACAAGGUUAUAAGUGCCUGUACAGAGGUGUGGCAGACUGCAUGUAAGAAUCUGGGUUGGCAGAUAGAUGACUCUGUUCAGGAUCCUCUACAUUGGAAGAAGGUUUACCUAAAGGCUAUUUUAAGGAUGAAGCAACUGAAGGACCACGAAGCCUUUGAGACAUCCUCUUUAAUUGGACACAGUGCCAGAGUAUAUGCACUUUACUAUAAAGAUGGACUUCUGUGUACAGGAUCAGAUGACUUGUCUGCAAAACUGUGGGAUGUAAGCACAGGUCAGUGCAUAUAUGGUAUCCAGACACACACUUGUGCUGCAGUGAAGUUUGAUGAACAAAAGCUUGUCACAGGAUCUUUUGAUAACACAGUAGCCUGUUGGGAAUGGAGCUCUGGGGCAAAAACACAGCAUUUUAGAGGACACACUGGUGCAGUUUUUAGUGUGGAUUACAGUGAUGAACUUGAUGUUCUGGUCAGUGGCUCUGCAGACUUCACUGUGAAAGUAUGGGCCUUAUCAACAGGAACGUGCCUGAAUACCCUUACUGGACACACAGAAUGGGUCACUAAGGUAGUUUUGCAGAAGUGCAAAGUCAAAUCUCUUAUGCAUAGUCCUGGGGAUCAUAUUCUCCUAAGUGCAGAUAAGUAUGAAAUCAAGAUUUGGCCUAUUGGAAGGGAAAUAAACUGCAAGUGCUUAAAAACACUGUCUGUGUCUGAAGAUCGCAGCAUCUCCCUACAGCCCAGACUGCACUUUGAUGGUAAAUACAUAGUGUGCAGUUCAGCACUAGGACUGUACCAGUGGGACUUUGCCAGCUAUGAUAUUCUCAGGGUUAUCAAACCUCCAGACUUCUUAAAUGUGUCCUUGCUGGGCUUUGGAGAGAUAUUUGCUCUACUAUUUGAUAACAGAUACCUGUAUAUAAUGGACUUGAGGACAGAAAAACUGAUAAGCCGCUGGCCACUACCAGAAUAUAGAAAGUCAAAGAGAGGUUCAAGUUUUUUGGCUGGUGAAAUGUCUUGGUUAAAUGGACUAAAUGGCCAAAAUGAUACGGGCUUGGUUUUUGCCACCAGUAUGCCAGACCAUAGUAUCCAUUUGGUGUUAUGGAAAGAACAUGGCUGAAAAGCUCACAUAUGCAGAAUCUUCAGGAAUAUAUGGACUGUCAGCAGCGUGUCCAUAAAAUGAGACUUUGCAUGAACCAAAGUUGCGCACCCAAUGGUAUCAUCAUGCAAUGCACAAUCAUUUACUUUUAUUUGGGCAUUUGGGAAUGGGUUGUUUUGGACAUAAUGCAAUACAGCAUGCUAACAGUAUUCACCACAACAUUUUGUCUAUACUCAUGUUUAAAUAUACUUAUUUGGGUUCUGAAGCAUAGCUUGUAAUGUUUAAACCAUUCAAGUCUGCUGUCAAGUCUGAAAUGAAGUAGUGCUUGACCUGA